GCACCCCACAGGCAUCAUUUGCAGCCUCUGCCACCAACCGGCCCAGCAUCAGACACUGACUCAGCUGCCCAUCCUCGACCAUCCACUCUGCACCUUUGCCACCGCGCCCAGCACUGACCACCGUGCCCAGCACUGACCACCAUCCAGUGAGGCUGUCUACUGCCCACCACAGGCCUUGUGAUGCCUGAGGUCCCAGUCACUGGCCCUCGGCCGCUCCUGCUCCUGCUGACCGUCCAGGUUGCCAUGGUGGUCAGCGCGCCCCAACCAUGGCACUGCGCGCCCUGCUCUGCUGAGCGCCUGGCGCUCUGCCCACCCGUGCCUGCCUCCUGCCAGGAGGUCUCCCGGCCUGCAGGCUGUGGCUGCUGCCCUGUGUGUGCCCUGGCAUUUGGUGCCUCCUGCGGCGUGGCCACUGCACGCUGUGCCCAGGGACUCAGCUGCCGUGCACUGCCUGGGGAGCCCCGGCCCCUGCAGGCUCUCACCCGCGGCCAGGGAACCUGUGUGCCAGAGUCAGCUGUGUCCACCUCGGGGGCUGUGUCCAGCGCUGAAGGUGAAGAGGCCAAGGUACCCCGGGCCCCCCAGCACCCCGAGAGUGGCGAGAUGACUGAAGCGCAGCUGCUGGAGAAUUUCCACCUGAUGGCCCCCUCCAGGGAGGACCUGCCCAUCCUCUGGAAUGCCAUCAGCACCUACAACAGCAUGCAGACCCAUGAUGUCGCAGACAUCAAGAAAUGGAAGCAGCCAUGCCAGCGAGAACUCUACAAAGUACUGGAGAGAUUAGCCAAUGCUCAGCAGAGGGCGGGGGAAGAAAUCUACAAAUUUUAUCUGCCAAACUGCAACAAGAAUGGAUUCUAUCAUAGCAAACAGUGUGAGACGUCCCUGGACGGCGAGGCGGGGCUGUGCUGGUGUGUCUAUCCUUGGAGUGGGAAGCGGAUCCCGGGGUCUCUGGAGGCCAGAGGGGACCCCAACUGCCAGCAGUAUUUUAACCUACAGAGCUGAAAAUACAUGUACUAUAUGUUCUUUCACGUGAGCUAUUUAAGGACCUAGUAUAUUUAUACUCCAGAGCACACACAUUUUUAUAUAUGUGCAUAUGUAUAUAUACAGGAGCUAGUUUUUAUACUACACACGUGACUUAUAUAUAAUCUGGUUUAUAUUUAUUCACUCUAAGUUUAUUUUUUUCUACACAGUAACUUGUGCUAUAGUAAUUUAUGUAUCACAAAACUUCUCAGCGCCUCACGUGUAAGCACCUGUGUUUCUGCUCUCCCAAACGCUUCUGUUUCUCCAGAGCAUGGUUGAUGCCACCCAGGAAGAGCGCCAGCAAAGGCUGUGCAGCACUUCUGUCCUAUCUAAGGGACAAUGAAUCUACAUGUGAGAAAGCUUUGCUCUGUAGCUCCCACAGGCACGUGCCUGGUGGAGGGUGGCAGAAAGGGGAGCAGUGAGGAGUUGUGGAUGUGACCGGGGCUGGAGGGAGAAGUGGAGAUUGCCCCGGGCAUCUGUUUGUGCAGAGCGGAAACAAAGCUGAAAUAAAACCUGCACAGUGGCUGCUGA